AAGUUUGUAGCUACUGACUGAACAAAAGAUAUGUUUACCGUAUGUUUGGGGGUGUGGGUGUUAAUGUGUGCUGAUGACUGUGAGUUUCUAGAUUGUGCAUGUGAUUGUGUGACUAGUUUCACCUGCUGCGUUCCCACACGAGUGUGCGCACACACACACACACGCACACAAACACAGUUUUAUUGCCAGUGAAAACACUGACACAUUCAAAGGUUCCUGUCCCUCCUGAGUUAUUCAUCCACCAACAUGACUGGAAGAGCUGUUUUCCUGGGACUCCUGCUUAUUUGUUUGGCUGCAGAUGCAGAGAAGACGUCAGGACUCGUGAGAAAGCCUUCGUGUCCUAGCAUGGAGGAGAUCGUGGCGUGCCCUCUGAACCUCGCUCCUGUGUGCGGCAGCGAUGGAAACACUUAUGCCAACGAGUGUACCCUGUGUGUCCAGAGGCAAACAACCAGGAUGGAAAUCUUGAUCGUCAAGGAGGAGAGCUGCUGAUCUGCACCGGAGGAGACGUCACCAGGGACUCAUCAGGAUCGGAUCAUGUGUCCAUUGUGGAUCUUUGACAUAACUGGAUCCAAACUGUCCUAAAGAUUUUCCUCUAAUUGUCAUGAGCAAUUAAAUAUGAUUCAGCAGUC